AUCAGAAAUUAGUGAAGCAGGAGAUGAUAUUGGAACAAUUGAUGAAAUAGAAGAAAAACCAUUUUUUAGUAUGCCAUUUAUAUUAAAAGUUUUACGAUUAAAUGCUCCGGAAUGGAUUUAUCUUUUAUUUGGUGCUAUUGCUUCACUUAUUUUUGGUGGAAUUAUGCCGGCAUUUUCUUUAGUUUUUUCUCAAGUAUUUGGUGCAUUAGCAGAAACAGAUCCAAAUAAACAAGAAGAACAAAUACGUACUUAUACAUAUGUAAUUUUUUUAAUUGGUCUUGCUGGUGGAAUAAGUCAAAUCAUAUCAUCAGUUACUUUAGCUAAAGCUGGAGAAGAAUUAACAAUGCGUAUGAGAAUAUUAUCUUUUAAAACUAUUCUACGCCAAGAAAUUGGAUGGUUUGAUAUAGAUGAAAAUAAUUUAGGAGCAUUAGUAACACGACUUUCAUCUGAUGCAGCAUCACUUAAAGGAUUUACUGGUCCAACGUUUGGUGUUAUUCUUAGUGCAGUGGGUGCAUUAGUCACUGCUCUUGCUAUUAGUUUUGAAGCUGGAUGGAAACUUACAUUAGUUAUUCUUUGUUUUACUCCAUUAAUGGUUUUUACAGGUCUUAUUCAAGGUGAACAAUUUUCUAAAGCAGCUGGAGAUAAGAAAGACUCAUCAACUGCUGCUGAAGAGGGAGGAAAAUAUGCAACACAAGCUAUUGAAAAUAUUCGUACAGUUGUAUCACUUCACUUAGAAGAUAAUUUUAUUCAAUUAUAUGAAGAAGCAUUUGAUCGUGAUUUUCGAAAUCGUAUGUUAUAUCUUCAUUAUAUAUCUUUUGCUAAUGCUCUUGCUAAUUCAUUGAUGUUUUUUAUUCAUGCAGCAUCAUUUGGUUAUGGUGUUAAACUUAUUCAAGAUAAAGAUAUGACUUUUGAUUCUGUCUUUCGAGUAUUUAGUGUUAUUACUUUUGCUGCAAUGACAAUUGGACGUAGUGCAUCUAUGGCACCAAGUUAUGCAAAAGGCAAAGCUAGUGCUCGACGUAUUCUUGAUUUAAAUAAACGUGAAUCAAAAAUUGAUCCUGAAGAUUCAUCUGGAAUUACACUUUCUAAUACAAAUGGAAAUAUUGAAUUUCGAGAUGUUCGAUUUCGUUAUCCAGCUCGACCAAAACUUCGUAUAUUACAUCGUUUUAAUUUAAAUUGUAAUUCAGGUGAAACAACAGCACUUGUUGGUCCAUCGGGUAGUGGAAAAUCGACAACUGUUGCAUUAAUACAACGUUUUUAUGAUCCACUUACUGGUACAGUUCUUCUUGAUGGACAUGAUAUAAAAACAUUAAAUAUUCAAUGGUUACGUUCAUUACUUGGUCUUGUACAACAAGAACCUGUUCUUUUUAAUCUUUCAAUUCGUGAUAAUAUUGCUUAUGGUGAUAAUAAUCGACAAGUAACACAAGAUGAAAUUGAAGCAGCAGCACGAAAAGCAAAUAUUCAUGAUAUAAUUACAUCAUUACCUGAGGGAUAUGGAACUUCGUGUGGUGCUAAAGGUGGUCAAUUAUCUGGUGGACAAAAACAACGAAUUGCUAUUGCUCGAGCUCUAGUUCGUAAUCCAAAAAUUCUUCUUCUUGAUGAAGCAACAUCAGCAUUAGAUAAUAAAAGUGAAAAAAUUGUUCAAGAAGCAUUAGAUCAAGCACGAACAGGUCGAACAUGUUUAACAAUUGCUCAUCGUUUAUCAACAAUUCGAAAUUCUGAUAAAAUUUGUGUUGUUGAUCGUGGUCAAAUUAAAGAAAGUGGACGUCAUGAACAAUUACUUCAACAACAAGGUAUCUAUUAUAAAUUAAAUAUGGCUCAAGAACGUCCAGAAAAUGAAAAAGUCAAAUAA